GAGGACCUAGGGUGGGUUAGGGUUUUAAGAAACCCGACCCAACCCGGCCCUCUUUCACCCCUAACACAAUUGCAUGGACACUUACAGUUGAACCAAUUUCCAUUGGUUAAAGUAGGAAUUUGAUUAGUUUCCAGGUUAUCCCUAUAUUUAGGGGUUCAUGACCCGGAUCAAAGUGGGGAUAUUGCAAUUUGGAUACUCUAGAUGAGUCAUGUGAUAUAAAUUCGUCCAUAUUGGGAGAUUUGGUCGGAGGGAGAACUCUUAUUCAAUUUUUUUAAUUUUUAUCCAGAUCUAAUGUACCCUGUAGGAUGAUUUGUACAGUUGGAAUGAGGUCUAGGAAUAUCAAUCCAUGCAGUGAUGUACCAAUCUUAGUGGAUGCACCAGAUGGGUAAUAUCAUAUGAAUUCGCUUAUAUUGAAAGAUUUCAGUAGAUUGGGGAUUCUUACUCGUAUGAUUUUUUUACUUGAUUGAGAUCUAGUGGAUCUUGUAGGAUGACUUGUACAAUUGAAAUAGGAUCCAGAAGGGUGAUCCAAUUGGUGACAUACCAAUCUGGAUGCUUUUGAUGGAUCAUACCAUAUGAAUGUGAUCAUAUGGAAAGAUCAGAUCAGAUCAGGUAUUCUUACUGAUUUGAUUUUGUUCAAUUUUGAUUUUGAUCUAUUGGACAUUGUAGGUUAACUUUAACAAAUGGAAUAGGUUCCAGGAAACUUGAUGAAAGUGGUGAUGUACCAUUCUGGAUGUUCCAGAUCGAUCAUACCAUAUAAAUUCGUCUCUAUUGGAAGCAAGGAUCGAGAACUCGAUCUUGAGCUAUGGAGAGAAAUGAAAAGUAUGUGGUUGUCCCUCAAGUGAGCUUUGGUGGAUUUGACAGAAAUGUCACAGCACUAGAACUCACGGAUUUCUUAGAAAAUGAAAUUGGAGUGGUAUGGAGGUGUAGGUUGAAGUCAUCUUGGACUCCUCUGGACUCCUACCCAGACUUCAGCAUCGCAAACAUGGAGGAGGUUCAAAAAACGGAUGACUACAAGAAGGUAGUACCUCAUGCCUUCGUGCAUUUUGUAUCUCAUGAUGCUGCAAUGACGGCACACAAUGCUGCUGGGCGUUCACAGCUUUUUCUGAAAAAUCGUCCUCUGAAGGUGAAUUUGGGACCUGAGAGCCCAUUUCACAUUAAUCGUCGGAGGAGGAAAAUACAUCCCUUCAAGAUUCCUGCCAGUGUUGAGAUUGGAUCUCUCAUUAGCCCAAAUGAAUUCCUAGUUGGCUGGAAAGGACCCACUUCUGGAGUUGACUUCCUUGUUGAUCCUUUUGAUGCCACCUGCAAUAUCCAAUUUUCUAAGGAAACCCUUUUCGCAAUUAAAGACACAAGGAGCCAUGCAGUAAUUAAAUGUGACUUCAAGGUGGAGUUUUUGGUGAGGGACAUCAAGUACUUCAGACAGUAUACAGACAUAUCUUCAAAAAUAAUUUUGUUGCAGCUGGCAUCAUCUCCUCAUCUCUAUUAUAGAACUGCUGAUGAUGACAUCUAUGAUACAGUUCCAUUUGAUAUGAUGGACGAUGAGGAUCCUUGGGUCAGGACCACAGAUUUUACACCUAGCAGAGUCAUUGGUAGGUGCACUUCUUACAGGAUCUCGGUCCCAGCCCGUUUUGGAUUGAGAUUGGAGAAGGCCGUGGAGUAUCUAAGAGAACAGAGGGUACAAGAAGACCAUCGACAGCGGGUAAGGAUACGAGCUGAACCCAACUUUGAGAUGGACUUAUCAAAUCAUUUCUUCUGCGUUCAGGACAAAGAAGGGAUAAACUUUGAGAUUAUGUUUUUGGUGAAUGCUGUUAUUCAAAAAGGUGUCAUCAACCAACAUCUGUUAUCGGACGAGUUCUUUGAAUUACUACGAAGUCAGCCAAGAGAGGUGAAUGUUACAGCAUUAACACAUAUAUAUUCCUAUAGGGAUCAAGUGUUUGAUGCAUCCAAGAGGCUGAAAGGUGUCCAAGAAUGGUUGAAGAAGAACCCUAAGCUUCUCUUGAGCUCUAGGGAUUCAGAUGGUAAUGCUGAAGUGAGGAGAUUAAUUAUAACUCCAACAAAAGCUUACUGUCUUCCACCGGCGGUGGAACUUUCUAACCGGGUUCUAAGGAAGUACAAAGAAAAGGCUGAUAGGUUCUUAAGGGUAGCCUUCAUCGAUGAAGGAUUUAAGCAACUGAAUACUAAUGUUCUAUCUUAUAAUGUUGCUCCUAUUGUGAUGGACAUCACAUCAAAUUCCUACUCGCAGAAAACCAGAGUUUUUGAAAGGAUAAAGACCAUUAUGAAUGAAGGGUUUUAUUUGUGUGGUCGGAAGUAUUCCUUUCUGGCCUAUUCAGCAAAUCAGUUGAGAGACCAUUCUGCCUGGUUUUUUGCUGAAGAUGAAAAUGUGAAGGUGAAAGAUAUCAAGAAUUGGAUGGGGAAGUUCAACAAUAAGAAUGUUGCGAAGUGUGCAGCUAGGAUGGGUCAGUGUUUCUCAUCCACUUAUGCCACAAUUGACGUUCCACAAAAUAAGGUCAACAUGAACCUUCCAGAUAUAAAGAGGAAUGGAUAUGACUUCUCCGAUGGGAUUGGCAAAAUAACUCCUCAACUAGCGAUGGAAGUUGCAGAGAAAUUGCAGCUUACAUUUGAUUCUCCUUCUGCCUAUCAGAUCAGGUAUGCUGGUUGCAAGGGAGUAAUCGCUUGCUGGCCAGGAAAAGAAGAUGGGAUCCUCCUCUCUCUAAGAGGAAGCAUGAAUAAGUUUGAGUCCAGCCACACAAUCCUUGAGGUCAUAUCAUGGACACGGUUCCAACCAGGGUACUUAAACAGGCAGAUUAUAACCCUGCUUUCUGCCUUGGAUGUCCCCGAUGAAAUGUUCUCAAGAAUGCAAGAUACCAUGAUUUCUAAACUGAACCAGAUGCUGGAGAACAUUGAUGUAGCUUUUGAUGUCCUUAUCUCAUCAUGUGGUGAGCAAGGACAUACUGCAGCGAUUCUGCUGAGUGCCGGUUUCAAGCCUCAGACAGAACCUCAUCUUAAAGGCAUGUUGUCAUGCAUAAGAGCAGCCCAGAUGGGAGACCUUCUGGAGAGGGCUAGGAUUUUUGUUCCCAAAGGACGAUGGUUGAUGGGGUGCUUAGAUGAAUUAGGGGUACUUGAGCAAGGACAAUGUUUUAUCAAAGUUUCAACGCCUUCACCACAGAAUUGUUUUUCUAAACAUGGAUCCAAAUUUUCUCAGACAAAGAAUGUAGAAGUAGUCACUGGAAUUGUAGCCAUAGCUAAGAAUCCUUGUCUUCAUCCAGGAGAUAUUCGGAUUCUGGAAGCUGUAGAUGUUCCAGGUUUGCACCAUCUUGUUGAUUGUUUAGUUUUCCCUCAAAAGGGUGAAAGGCCACAUUCAAAUGAAGCUUCUGGAAGUGACCUUGAUGGGGAUCAAUACUUUGUGACUUGGGAAGAAAUUCUCAUACCUCCAAGCAAGAAGAGCUCGCUGCCGAUGGAUUAUGCUCCUGCAGAAGCCAAAAAUUUGCGACGCCCCAUCAAUCGCCAGGACAUAAUUGAAUUUUUCAUGAAGACCAUGGUGACUACGCAACUGGGUAUGAUCUGCAAUGCUCAUGUGGUUCAUGCAGACCUGAGUGAUGACGGUGCCUUGGAUGAUAAAUGCAUCCAACUAGCAGAGCUUGCAGCCACUGCCGUAGACUUUCCAAAAACUGGGAUACUUGUACGCUUGCCCCACCUACUCAGACCGAAAAUUUAUCCAGACUUCAUGGGUAAAGAUGAGAAUAUGUCAUACAAGUCGGAAAAGAUCUUGGGAAGACUAUAUCACCAAAUCAUAGAUGCUCCAGAUGAAGAAGUGGCGGAAAAUUCAGACCUGACAGCUGAAGACAUUCCUUUUGAUCCGGAUCUUGAUGUUACAGGUUCUGCAGGUUUCAUCAUGGAUGCCUGGAAUCACAAGUGCAAGUAUGAUGGGCACCUGAGUGCUCUGCUGGCCCAGUAUGGAGUUAGCCGGGAGGAAGAGGUGGUGACGGGACAUAUAUGGACCAUGCCCAAGAGCAAGAAGCAACGGGAGCUGAAAGAGCGACUUGGUGUUGCCUACAAUGCACUCAGGAAGGAGUUCAGACAUGUGUUUGAAAACAUGGAUGAGGAUUUUGAGAAACUCACUGAUGAUGAAAAGAAUGCUUUGUAUGAACAAAAGGCAUCAGCGUGGUACCGGGUGACUUACCACCCUGAGUGGGUGAAGAAAUCUUUGGAAUUGAGAGACUCUGAAGGCAAUGGUACCAUAUCGGCAAUGCUUAGCUUUGCUUGGAUCCCUGCAGAUUACUUGGUUCGAAUUAAGAUUAAACAUCGAAAGAAUAACAUCGAUGUUGAUACCAGUAAGCCCGUCAAUGCACUUCUGAGCUACAUUUCUGAUCGCAUUUGACUAGGAAGUGUGAGGCUAUUAUUAUAAGCUAUGUUUUCAGGUUUCAGGUCAGUCUGUUUUAUCAGCCUCCUCUUUGGCUCCAAGGCCACUCUGCCAAUAUCUUUUGCUUUCUAGUAUUCCAAACUUUGUCUCUCUUUCUACUAUUCCUAUGUGUGACUUUUGCUUUGAGGUUUUCAGGUACUAAUCCCUUGUAUUGAUCAUCUUAUUCUAUGUAUUGAACUUCUUAGCUGAGAUAUCUUCUAUUCUAAAUCUAUUACAACGUUCUCUACUA